CCCGAGGUGAGACAGCUGCACAGCGAUUGAUAUGACAUUGGAUACGCGGGGAGUGGUGAGUCCACGACCUUUGACUUGCUGUUCUGCUUUACACACCCUUUCUCUCAUGUGCAACGACCGUGCUAUCUAUGACUGUUCAGCAACUUCUUCAGACCGCACCACUGACCACACACUGUGCAGAACGCUCUUCACAUCCUCUGCUGGCCUCGAGAAUGCCAAACAACUCGUCACUGCGUAUAAGACGGGCAAGGUACGGGAAAUGACACCGGAGCUAUGGAGCGCAAAGAAGGUUAUCGACUCGACAAUACACCCUGAUACUGGCGAGCCAGUCCUUCUACCGUUCCGCAUGUCAGCGUUCGUGCUGUCCAACUUGGUCGUCACAGGUGGCAUGCUCACACCCAACCUUACGACAGCAGGAACACUUGGCUGGCAGGUAGCCAACCAGUCGCUCAACGUCGCCAUCAACUACUCCAACGCCAACAAGGCAACCCCGCUCUCUACAGCAACAAUUGCGAAGUCGUACUUUCUCGCUGUCAGCGCAUCGUGCGGUGUCGCAUACGGUCUCAAUGCCACCGUCCCACGCCUAAAGAGCCUCUCGCCCAACGCAAAGCUCAUCGCUAGCCGCCUCGUACCCUUUGCAGCCGUCGCCUUCGCUGGUGUGCUCAACGUCUUCCUGAUGCGCGGUGAGGAGAUCAAGCACGGCAUUCCCAUCUUCCCCGUCUUGACCGAAGAAGAGAAGAAGCGCGUGGAAACCGGUGACUUGGAAGUCAAACCGCUGGGCAAGAGCAAAAAGGCGGCUACAGUUGCAGUGGGUGAGACAGCUGUCAGUCGUGUACUCAACGCGACACCAAUCAUGGUUUUGCCGCCCUUGAUCUUGGUCAGGCUGCAGAAGACAGAGUGGCUGAAGCAAAGGCCGAGGAUGACUACGCCGAUCAACUUGGGGCUCAUCUUUGCGACGAGCAUCUUUGCGCUGCCGCUGGCUCUUGGUGCGUUCCCGCAGAGGGAGAGCGUGAGUGCAACCUCAUUGGAGCCUGAGUUCCAUGCGCGCGGUGGUAAGGACGGGAAGGUUGAGUUCAACCGUGGAAUUUGAGCGAACAGCUUUUCAUAUUAACAUCACCACGUCACUGCUCUACCAGGACAAGCAAUUCCUGCAAUGACCGGCAGGCAUCAUGUUCACCAACGUCAGUAUGAUUAGAAGCGUGGGAGACAUGGAGCUCUGAGGGGCCUUGCCCAGCUGCGGCGAAGCGAGACCACCGAUUGGCCAGAGAACUUCAAGGACACGAAGGAAGUAACAGGAACCCAAUAGACUGGAUUGGAUAAGAGCAAUCAUC